GACAAAUUACAAGUAGACAGGCAGUGUCAGUGGUAAUUCUCGAGCGUGUUAGAAAUAUAAUUUCCGCGUCUUCCAAGCAAAGUGAUGCGUUUCACGACUAGCAACAUUACUGUCAAGACCAGAUACGAUUGUUCGGGACGCUCAGAUACUCAAUUGCAAGCUCUACUCGUAGUAUAAAUUUGCCACAAGCGACCAAGUGCGACUGAGCGGGCUUGAGAGCUGAAAGACGAACAAGCGUCUGUCCAGAUCUUAGCAGUCGAGAAGCUCGCACUCUCCUCGCAGUCUCCUCGGCUUUACAAGAUGACAGAGAAAUGGAAGAGCAACCCUAUGUUCUGGUGCGAUUACUGCAAAGUAUGGAUGCAAGACAAUCCCAACGCCAAAGCUACCCAUGAAAGGGGCAUGAAGCACAAGGAGAAUGUGGCGCGGAAGCUCCGGCAGAUGCGUCAAAGGGCCGACACGGACAAGAAAGAGGCUGUUCUUGCUGAAGCCACCAUGAGUGCAAUUGAGGCAGCCGCCCAGAGGCAAUACAAGAAGGAUUUAGCAGCUGCGGAAGCUGUGAAAAGCAUCCAUGGAAGCUGGGUACUUGACGAGGAUUCAGGGCACUACUACAACUCAGCGCAGCGGUACUACUUCAGCAGGGACACAGGCAUGUACUAUGGCGGGGAUCCGCCAGCAUGGACACUGCAGCCUGAGAUACCUCCUGAAUCGCUGUUCAAGCUGCCAGAGGCCGAGUCAGCCAGUGCAUCAGGGCCAGCACCAAAGCCGGCAAUGGUUAAAGCGGUGCCCAGAACGGUGAAGGCAGCGCACCCGUUGGCAGGCAUCGGCGGCUACCAGAUGCCUGAGACUGGCAGGAUAGGCGGCUCCAAGGGGGUGGGCGUUGCAUCAUCCAGCACGCAGCUGGCAGCAGCCAAGCGGAAACGAGAGGACGGCGCAGCCGGGGCCUCCAAAACAGAGAAUCUGUCUGAGGAGGAAAAGCAGGCCCGGGCUGCCAGGGAGGCUGCCCGCGCGCGAGUGCAGCAACGCACAAUGAACAAUUUUGGCCUGGCCGAAUGAAGCACAUGUUACGGGUUUAGCUCGGGUGUUUUCCUGGCUCGUUUCCAAACGUGCAUUAUGUGAGUUGAAUCUGUAGACACAUUGCCCAGAGUUGCAGUGGUCUGCCACAGUGUGCGUCGAUUUGAAGGUUCUGAGCCGCAGUCAACUGCCACUGGCAGUGAGGAAUUUAACUGGAUUUAGGAAAAAACACCAAUGCACUGGUGACUUACCAGCAGUAAGCAGCUAAAAAUUAUCAGGAUGUGGCAUUGAAACAUAUCAGGCCGGGGGGGGCCUGAUCCUUGUCACAAUUUCUUAUAGCUAUGAUGGUAUAAGAAACUUAAUACUUAAUGCUCAAUUGAAGCUGGCUUC